UACACAUUCAUUGUUUCUUUAUAACUAAUAUCAUUGAGCAUUGUCUGCGAAGGUGGUAUACAGUAUACAGUUGAACAUCAAGCCGAAAAUCAUAGCUCUAUCAUAGUGAAGGCACUAAUGACCAAACAAAUAUGUCUCCGAAAGUAGACAAAUUCGUGAAAACCUAUAAAACCCUUGCCCAAAUUCCAGCUAUCACAGGGGGAAGGAUAAGAUCCGAUGGAAUCAUAAGUAGUUUAUGGUCCCAGAGAAACUUGGAAAGAGGUAAAACUUCCAAGUUCAUGCGAGAAUUCUUCACUAAGGAUUUGAUUAAGUUGGCAGAAACAUCUCCUGUAGAUGUUAGUACUGAAGUUCUUUCAAGAAACUCUCCCAGCGAAAAAUUCAGAGCUGUACUUAGAGACAUAGAUAGCAAACAAUAUCUAGAAGUGUGGCAAGAGAACAACAACAUAAGAACAGUUGAUCUGGGUGCUUUAGACCUACAUGGAUCAGUAUAUUCUGAUGUUGAAUUUACAUCAUUUGAGUGGUCACCAGAUGAGAAAAAAAUCCUCUAUGUGGCUGAAAAAAAAUCCAAGAAAUCUGAACCAUUUUACAAACGUAAAGCUCCUGCUUCUGACAAAGAAAAAGAAGGAGGAAGUGGUGAUGAAGAAAAACUAAUAGGAGAGGAGUAUACAUUUGAGCAAGACUGGGGAGAACAACUGGUUGGCAAAAAGCUAUCAGUCAUAGCUGAAUACAAUGUUGAAAAUGAUAUGGUUGAAGUCUUGAAAGGUGUACCUGAUGGUGUUUUUAUAGCUCAGAUCAAAUAUUCACCAGAUGGGUCUUAUAUUAUUGGUGUAGCAUACAAUUUGGAGCCUCGAAAACUGGGGCUUAUUUACUGCUCAAACAGGCCCAGUACAGUAUUUACACUAGACUUUGAAGGCACUUAUUUUGAAUUGCCUUUGGUAGGAGUGGCAUUGAAAUCUCCUAUAUUCACACCUGAUGGAGGUUCAAUUAUCUGGUUACAGAGGAAAACUGGGGGUCCCCAUGCCAGUUGCAUGCAACUGGUGAAAACAGAACUUCCUCUGACAGCAAAUUCUGUUGGAAAAGUAGUUGUGGACAUGGUUGAAACUGAAAUUUCAAUUGAGGGUGGUAAACCCUUUUUUGGUCUCUACAAUACAGGUUUUUUAAAACGCCCUUGGGCUAGUCAUAACAGGCUGUUGGUGAAUACAAACCAAAAGUACACAUUGAAUAGCUAUGUCAUAAAUAUAGAUAAUGGUGCAAUAACAGAACUGCCUUUCCAAAAUGGUAGUCAAGUGAUCCUAGAUGUAUUUGAAGAUAAGAUCUUGGCAACUAGGAGAAAUUUCCUAAAACCUGACCAGCUGGUCAUUGGUCAGCUACCUGAACCUGGAAAUGAAACCCAUAUCACUUGGAAUGAACUCACUGCCACAGAAACUGUACCUUGUUUGGAAAAUUGCAUGUAUGAAUAUCUGGAUUUGGUAUCAAAAGGAGAUGGUUUCAAUAUCUUCAAUGCAAUAUAUGUGGGACCAAAAACUGGCCAGGAAAAAACAGUACCUCUGGUAGUUUGGCCCCAUGGAGGUCCUCAUUCUGCCUUUGCAAAUUUCUUCUUUCUUGAAGCUGCCAUAUCUCUAUACUUUGGCCAUGCCCUGCUCCUCGUCAACUUCCGGGGCUCCCUGGGCAGUGGCCAGGCCAGCGUCGACUUCCUGCCCGGCCGCAUCGGCGCUUCGGACGUCGCCGACUGCGUCCUGGCCACCGACGCCGCCCUCGAGCGCUUCCCCUGGCUCGACGGCGCACGCGUCGCUCUGAAGGGCGGCUCGCACGGCGGCUUCCUGGUCGCCCACCUGAGUGGGCAGCAUCCGGACAAGUACCGGGCGGUGGUGGCGAGGAACCCAGUGAUCGACGUGGCGUCUAUGAGCAUCAUCUCGGAUAUACCGGACUGGUGUUAUGUAGAGGCCGGUAAAGAAUAUAGUCAGGAAGGCGAAAUCGACAAUGAGAUUCUGACCGAGAUGAGAAAAGUGUCUCCCAUCGUGCAUGCCCACAAAGUCAAAGCACCCACUCUGCUUCUGAUCGGUUCCAAGGACUUGCGGGUGCCUGCCUCUCAAGGAACCGACUAUUAUUUACGUCUCAAAGCAAAUGGAGUCACGACGAGGAUGAAUUUGUAUGAAGACAAUCAUCCCUUGGGAACAGUGCCUAAUGAGAUGGAUACUAUUAUCAAUUCACUAUUGUGGAUAGAUACCCAUUUGGGCAUUGAAAAUUGAGACAAGAAAUUGAAAUGUAAUCAUUGAACUGCAAUAAAUUAUUUUAGGAUAAA